UGUUGAAAAAUGGAGCAUAUGUUCCUGCUGUUGUCGUUGGUUUCCAGCAGCCUGUGCAUUGGGAGCAACAGUCACCUGGGGACUGGGACCAGCAUGGCAGUCUGCCAACCUGACACCUGCACCAUGCUCAGCGAGGUGGCAGCCAUGAGGGAGAAGCUGGCAGCCAUGACACACACACAGAGCACGCUCGAGCAGAACCUCAGCGCCAUGAUGCAGAAAAUGUCCACCGUUGGAGCCGAACUGCAGUCCUACAAAAGCCAGGUCGAGGAGCUCCAGAGGGCAAACCAAGAUCAGGCCGAGCAGCUGAAGGCACUGGCAGCAGUUACAUUUGCAAACACGUCGAGGGUGGCUUUCUCCGCUGCUUUGGGAGACUCAGUUGGUCCGUUUCAAGAGAACAUGCCACUAAAAUAUCAAAAAAUCAUCUCCAACAUCGGCAGUGGCUACAACCCUGCCACUGGUAUCUUCACCGCCAGGGUCAGAGGGGUGUACUACUUCAGGUACACCAUGUACAACAACAAUGCCGGUGAGCCCAACUCGGUGUUGGCCCUCAUGAUGAACAGCCAGCCAAUGGUGUUUACCUGGGACACUACAGGGAGCGAUAACAACGACAGUGCAUCCAAUGCGGUAGUGCUGCAGCUUGAUGCCGGAGACAGCGUGUAUGUAAGGCUCUGGGCAAAAAGACAGGUCUAUGACGACGGCGGUAACUACAACACCUUCAGCGGAUUCCUGCUCUUCACCAUGUGAUGAACCAAAGCGUGCCUGUGUCGUUUCAACAUGUGGGGGGACACUGGAGGUUUGGGGUAUAGGUGAACUAGGAGGGCAAGUGGUUAAUCUGUCCUCUUACACUGUAAAACAGAAGGAUUUUUGCUAAUUUCUUGUGAUUAUUUGUAAGACUCGCUGACAAAAUAUGACAGCAAAUGUAGAAACAAACCCUUAUCAAGACUUUUGCAUUGUUGUAGUGAGUAAAACUUACCAAAGAGAUCGGGUGGGUCUUUAACUUUGUCCAUGGUAUCUGUAAAUGAAAACAGAACAGUGACUUAGCUUUUCAGCCUCACAGUACUAAAAUGUUCUCUGUCAGUGUUUUCCUAUUCUAUAUGUGACGUUUUUGGAUUAAUAUUACUGCUACAAUAAUGUCCAUGUUGCUUUUUACUGCUGGAGAAGUUGAUUUUAACCCCUUCACAUGCUGUUGGGUAGUUUAAUCGACAGGAAUAAAUCAUAUUCUAAAAGAU